AACAAAUGCGUGGAAGGUUACUGAUCAUACAAGUUUUCACGAAAGGUUAAUAACGGACGAAUCGUCUGGUAAUUCUAGGGUUUCCCUGAAUGGAAAUUUGUACUGGACAGCUUAUAACUAUCGCGAAACUGGUCAGUAUUUUAUCCGUGCUCGAUUUUUCGAAAGAGACAUUAAAGAUGUUUUGUAUUCUACCGUGUAAGGCGAAAAAAAGUUCUACACAUACUCGUAUCCUCUCUAUUUACAAGGGAGAUCGGUUUUCAGUGAUGGAACAAUGCAAAAGAACAAGGGAGAUUGAGAUUUGGGUGACAAAGAAUAAAAUUGGUAAUGGGGAUGAUGGAGACGAUGUCGUGUGGAUUAAGUUCAUGACUGUCUCAAUACCUAACUUCCCCUUGGUACUUAAUCACUAUUCUACAAGUUACUUCGUCGAUGAUAAUAUCUAUGGGAAGAGCUUCGUUCUAUGUUGUCCUACCAAGAAACCUAAACAAGCUUGGGUUUAUAUUGUGAGGGGAGAUCUGUACAAAAAGAUUAAGAUAGAUGAAGUGGUAUGCAAGUUUGAAUCCUCUGUCUUUGUUCCCAGUUUGAUCACCAUUCCUUGAGAGACUUUCGCUGAAGCCAGUGCACAACAAGAAGAACUUUUACAAUUUCAUUUAUUGCUUUUUUUUUUUAUUAUUUCAUAUAACUUUUACAAGUUUGAUUUCCACAAUUUGUUUGGCCUACUUUAUAUAAUGGUUUGUUUUAUACACUACACUCUUAACUCUCACCAUCUCUUAUCUGGGUUAAGUAUCAUCAUUUUCGGCUCCCUUUUAAAAGUGUUUGCAACUUCUCUUUGGACGGGGCGGGGAAGAAAUGGACUCUCUACAACAACAAAGGAAUUCGAGUUCAAGUUAUCCCUGGUAAUGUUUGUUUGUUAUUCAUCAUUCUUGUUAUCUGAUGAAUGUGGAUGUUUCGUUCUUUAAUGCUGUUAAUUAUAUUAUGGUGAAACUUUAUCUUGCCUUACUAGAAAUUUGUGAUUAUGAUUGCAAGGAUUACUGCAGCGUCGGGGAUAGCAGCAGAGUUGGGGGUUCCAUUAACACAUCGAGGUGUGGCAACGAGUGUGAGGGACCGACCCGGUAGAUAUUUCACUCUAUGAGCUAUGGAACUAUGAAGGUUGAGAGAUGUAAUAAACAAAAAGGAAAGCUGAUAGUUUCUUGUAAUCUUGUGACAUGUCCUUCAAUUGUUUUGGGACAAUGGCAACGGCAAUGUUAAUGAAAUAAACAAAUUUCC